AUGCCCAAGAAUAGGAAGAAGCAUGUGGGCCGUUCCAAAGUUCAACCUCACACAAAGAAGUUCUUGAAGGACAGUGAAAAAGAAACCAUUAUUCAACUUGAUUCAGAGGGUUUGGAUGUCGAAUCAAUAUCUGAGAUAAUUAACCAUACCACAAGACAAGUCAGAGAAUUCCUUAAGCACAUCAAAAAUGGUAUCAAAAACAACUUUUCAAUUGAACAAGACCUCAUUAUAAUGUCUCAUGUUAAAAAUGGAGAUAUUUCAGCAGCAUCAAUUGCGAAGAAAUUGCAGGACAAGGAUUGGUGGAUGGUAAGAAAUAGAAUUAAGUUGUUUAGACGUAAAUUUCCUGAUUUUUCUUUAUUAACUCAAAGUGAAGUUGUUAGAAUACUCCACCAAAACGAGAAACCUAACGAACUCGAUGAUGCCAUGAGUCUAGAAGGUGUUUUUGAUUUUCCAGAUGACGGAUUGUGGUGA